CGCUUUCCAAAAGUCUGCAGUCAAAACAUCGCCAUUUUCUAAGCAAAUCACUCUUAAUUUACUUGCGCGUUUGUACGAAAGUGUAUUAAUAAGUUUUCGUGUAAAGCAGGAAUUUUCCGUGUAAUUAUAUCAGAAAUAAGCUGAAAUUGUGUUUUAUUUCAACGGGACGUAAAGCGAAAGCAUAAAAUAUAAUAUGGGCGAUUAUUAUGGCUAUGGAAACGGCGGCUCAGGUGGCGGCUCAAGCGGUGGUGCACCAACACCAAACUUCUCUGUUCCACCACCAAACUUUAGCAAAGGACCGAAUUACCAAAACCAAAAUUCACAGCAAAACAGCUAUGGACCACCACCACCGCAAGGUAAUUGGGGUCCAAAUCAAUCUCGCAACGAUGAUAGCUCUGGCUACGGAAGCGGAAACUACAAUAAUCAAGGGCGCAAUAAUCAAGGAAAUCGUGGUGGUGGUGGUGGCGGCGCUGGUAAUUUUGGAAACAGCCAACGUAAUGAGAGCGGCUACAACGAUCGUAAAAAUAAUUUCAGCGGCGGCAGUGUCAACAAGAGUGGUUAUAAUAAAGCAGGUGGAUAUGAUAGCAGCAACGAUAACAUGAUCAUUCAGGAAGACACAAUUUUUGUCAGUGGAAUGAGUUCACAAACAACUGAAGAAGACAUCGCAUGUCACUUUGGUGCAAUCGGUAUUAUUAAGAAAGAUAAGAAGACAAUGAAGCCCAAAAUUUGGCUGUAUCGUAACAAAGAGACCGGUGAAUCGAAAGGAGAAGCCACAAUUACUUACGAUGACUCAAAUGCCGCCAAAUCAGCCAUAUCGUGGUUUGACAAUAAAGAUUUCAAUGGAGCCAACAUUCACGUCUCAUUGGCACAGCGUCAAAAUAACUGGCAAAAGGGCGGCAAUUUCCGUAGUAAUCCGCGCGGUGGUGGUGGUGCUGGUGGACCACCAGGUGGAAACAGGGAUGGCGGCUCAGGUGGAAAUCGUGGUGGUUUCAAUCGAGACCAUAGUGCUAGUGGCGCUAGAAAUGAUGACCGACGCAGCCAAGGCAUUUCAGGUGGUGGUGGUGGUGGUGGUGGCGGCUUUGGCCGAAAUCAACGCGAUGGUGAUUGGACGUGUAGCAGUUGUAACAACACGAAUUUUGCCUGGAGAAAUGAGUGUAAUCGGUGUAAAGAACCAAAGAGUGGUGCAGGUGGUGGCAUGACCGGAGGAGGUAGUGGUAACAGCAGCUUCCGUCAAGGUGGUGCAGGUGGACCACCACGUGGGGGAAAUUCAAAUUUCAACAGACGAGAUCAAGGACCUAUGCGCGGUGCUGGUGACCGUGGUAACGACCGUAACCGCCCGUACUAAGAUACACCGAAUAUUUUUUUUAUCUUAUGAAAGAUUCAUUCAUACAUAAUAAUUGACAUUUUGCGAACAUCAGUUUAUUCUGGGAAAUAAAUAUCACAAUUUUCACCAAA